GAAGCGCUCUGCCGACGAGGCUCGCGCUGGAGGUUCGCGCCCGGAAAGGACGUUCCCAAGAAAGAAUACCCGAAGAAAGAAUACUCCAAGAAGGAAGGUGGUGACCAAAAGGCGAAGAAGACUCCUCUGAGCUUCGAACCUAGACCCGACUGGUAUGCCGCUGCAUUGUCCGAAUUGCCUGUAUCCACAUCCGCCCAACCACCGUCGCAGAGACUGGUCGAGGAGAUUCACGAUUAUGCCUACACCCUGCUCGAGUCCGAGAACACAAGCUAUGCCGCCAACAACAACUCUGCCUCGUCGUCGCACAAAUUCUUGUCCACCAUCAUGGCUUCCGGUACCCUCGAGGAUAAGAUUUCAGCCCUGACCCUGCUGGUACAGGAGUCGCCGCUACACAACACAAAAGCCUUCGAGACGUUGCUCGGCUUGGCAAAGAAGAAGAGCAGGAACCAAGCCCUCAUGGCUGUCGCUGCCAUCAAGGAUUUGCUGGGCCAGGGUGAUGUCCUUCCCGGCGAUCGCAAGCUGCGCACUUUUACGAAACAGCCCGCUUUGGCCAAGAUAGUCGAGGAGCACCACACCGUUUGGAGAGUCGGCAGUCCCUUGCCAAAGGGCCUCGAGAAGAUUCAUCUCAUCUACUGGGCAUUCGAGGACUGGUUGAAGAAGCAAUACUUUGAACUUCUGAAGAUCCUGGAAAGUUGGUGCAGCGACGAGGUCGAAUACGCGAGGAGCAGAGCAAUCACAUACGUCUGGGAGUUGUUGAGAGACAAGCCCGAACAGGAAGAGAACCUUCUAAGAUUGUUGGUGAACAAGCUCGGUGACAAGGACAAGAAGAUCGCCUCUCGCACAUCUUAUCUUUUGCUCCAGCUGGAAAACACCCACCCGGCCAUGAAGAGUAUCAUUGUCAAUGCCAUCGAGACCGAGUCGCUUUUCCGUCCUGGACAAGCUGCACACGCAAAGUACUACUCCAUCAUCACCCUCAACCAAACUAUUCUCAGCGUCAAGGAGCCCGAAGUCGCCAACAAGCUACUCGACAUCUACUUUGGACUUUUCAUUCAAUUCUUGAAGCCUAGAUCACACGCCAAGGCCAAGGCCCAGAAGGUGCAAGGUGGUGGUGGAAAGGGUGGAAAGAUGGCUGCGAAGAAGGCAAAAGCCCUGGAACAGGCCGAUGCUGCCGACAGCGAGCUCAACGAGAAGAUGGUUACUGCGGUCUUGACUGGUGUCAACCGUGCUUUCCCCUUCGCCAAAACAGACGACCCUACCUUCGAACAGCACCUCGACACCAUUUUCCGCGUCACCCACUCGUCCAACUUCAACACCAGUAUUCAGGCCUUGAUGCUGAUCCAACAAAUCUCUGCUACCAAACACUUCUCCGCCGACAGAUUUUACCGUACCCUCUACGAAUCCCUUCUCGACCCUCGCCUCAUCACUUCCUCCAAACAAAUCAUGUAUCUCAACCUUCUAUUCAAGUCGCUCAAAUCCGAUGUCAACGUCAAGCGCGUACAGGCUUUCGUCAAGCGUUUGUUACAGACAAUCACCCUUCACGAAGCACCGUUCGUCUGCGGUGUUUUGUACUUGAUUAGCGAGCUCGAGGUUACUUUCCCCACCAUUAGGAACAUGAUCCGCGAGCCUGAAGCCGAUCCCGAGGACGAGGAAGAACACUUUGUCGAUGCACCUGAGGAUGGAGAGGCCAAACCCGAGGAGUCGACACGGGAACAGACGGCCCCUGCAGUACGCUAUGAUGCACGAAAGAGAAACCCGGAACACAGCAACGCCGACCGCAGUGCACUGUGGGAGAUCUUGCCUCUACUUUCUCACUUCCAUCCAUCAGUUGCAAUCUUUGCCGAAGCAUUGGUGAAUCAAACAACACUACCACCCAAGCCCGACCCUACUAAGCACACAAUGAUGCACUUCCUGGACCGCUUCGUUUACCGCAACGCAAAGACCAAGGGAGCCACAACGACACGCGGAGCAUCCAUCAUGCAACCUAUGUCAGGAUCAAAUGCAGCAGACGUGCUCAUCAAGGACCGUGCCGACCCUACUCACCGCAUUCCUCUCAAUUCGGACGCCUUCUGGAAGAAGAAGGUCGAAGACGUCGCAGCCGACGAGGUCUUCUUCCACGAUUACUUCACCAAGGUCAACAACGCCAAGCCUACCAAGAAGGACAAGAAGAAGCAAAAGGAUGCUGCUGACAGCGACGCCGAGAGUGAUGCUGACGAGGAUGAGAUCUGGAAGGCUCUUGUCGAGUCAAGGCCCGAGAUUGAGGGAGACGAGGACGACGAUGAUGACGACCUCGACAUGGAAGACCUCGAGGAAGGCUACUCAGACAGCGAGGAGGGCGAUGCUGGUGUCGAGAUUGGCGAGUUUGCCGAAGACGACAUGGAUGAGGCAGACUUGGGAGAUGAUAUGGACGAGGAUCUGGAAGAUGAUGGCUUCGAAGGACUGGAGAGCGGUGACGAAGACGCCAUGCUUGGCGACGACGAAGACCUGCCAUCCGACUUUGAAGGUCUGGGUGACGAGACGGAAGAGAAGGACGAAAAGAAGGAGAAGUCGGACGAGAAGAAGAAAAAGAAGAGAAAGCUCAAGCACCUGCCGACAUUCGCGUCGAUGGACGAUUACGCCAAGCUGCUGGGAGCAGACGACGAGGACAUGUAG